UGUAUGAUACUCUACCUUACUCCGCGAUUGUUGAGGCUUCCCAGUACCAUAAUAAUUUAGCGGGCCUAGCUGGAAGUGUUCAGCAUGUAAGACAAUGGUAUAUCAGUCUAUCUAUUCUAUUGUCUAUUUUGACUGCUACUGUUGUGCUCAUACUCAGUUGCAAACUACACUAUCAUGAUGAAUCUCUUGCUUUGCUCUCCUCUUUUUGUCUGCCCCGCGUCUUUUUUCUUUUUCCCGCGCUAAACUGAAAAAAGACAUUGGAACCCUGCUGAGUCAGACUGCAACUGCCAUCCGCUUAUGUCAUCCUUGAAGCUCGAACCGAAAUCGAUCGAUCGAUCGACCAUCGUUACUCGCGAGAGCGCGCCCAGUUCUGACCACCAUAACUCAAGGCUCCUGAGAUCUCCAAGCAUGGAGAACGGUUCUUCAUCCGAGGGCAAGGACCCCUCCGCUUUCCUGUCGGAGAUUAUCGGCGCUCCGGUAACAGUUAAGCUCAAUUCCGGUGUCGUCUAUAAAGGGGAGCUCCAAUCUGUCGACGGAUAUAUGAACAUUGCUCUCGAGAAGACUGAAGAGUACGUCGAUGGAAAAUUGAGGCGUAGCUAUGGAGAUGCCUUUGUACGAGGGAAUAAUGUUCUCUACAUUUCUGGAGACUAGGCGUCUGAACUUCUAACAACCUUCUCACGGGUCGCCAAGCGCAUCAGCCUAACUGAAAACUGACCGCCCAAAAAGAAAACACUUUGUUAUGUCGACAUGGAUGAAUGCCUAUAUGAAACAGCCCGGUUGAGGAUUAUUGGCCUUGAGCAGGUCAGGCUGUCCGGACUUAUGGCACCAUUAUCGGGCAAAAUCAAGUCCCGUAAGCCAAGUUAUCGUUCCAAAUUUGAUAUCCAAAUUCGAGAGAAAUGAAAGAGGCUGUUCCUUUCACUCUUCCUCCUUACAACCAAUUAUUCAGAGGGAGUCAGUUGUCUCCAUACUAGACACUCUCGGUGUCAGAAUCUAUCUCCUGUAUUUUAACUCUGCACAAGGACAAUUGCAACAUAUCUAUUGACAAUAACAAUAAUAAUCAAAUCAGAGCGAGCUGUCAUGCA